AUGGCGAACUAUCUCAUAGAGUAUGAGCCCACCAGCGCGGUCAUGAAUUCCGGGCUUGGUGGGGUCUGCCCGGAGUGCGAAAUCCAACUCAAAAAACAUUUAGCCCGUGGCUUCGCGUGCCCCUCCCGCUAUAGAAAAAGUUGCCUCUACUUGCCCAUCCAUCUCCGCCUCCGGUUAAUUAACGUGGAGGAGGAAAUCUCGAAAAUGCACGCAGUGAAGUAUGAUGUAGUGCGGUAUUGGAAUGAGCCCAAAGCAGCGGCCGAUACCCAGACGUAA